AGGCAGAGGGGGCGUGGUCUAGAGGCUGGGGGCGUGGCUCGGCGCCCGGGGGGUGUGGCCCGGGCCGCCCCUCCCGCCGAUUCAAAUUUGAAGCACGCGCUUUCCCGCCCGAAUUUGUUUCCCCGCCGCGCCGACGUCAGCGCCCGUCAGCCAAUCAGAGAGCGGCUCCGCACCCGCCCUCCCGCCAUGGAGCCGGCGGCCACCAGCAUUCAGGUGCUGCUGCAGGCGGCCGAGUUCCUGGAGCGGCGGGAGCGCGGGGCCGCCGGUGCCCGGUACCCGGCCGAGGCCGAGCACGGCUACGCCUCACGGUCCCGCCGGGCCGCGGGCAGCGUCAGGUCGGUGCACAACGCGCUGGAGAAGCACAGGCGAGCCCAGCUCCGGUGCUGCCUGGAGCGGUUGAAGCAGCAGGUGCCGGUGGGCACCGGGCCGGCUCGUUCCACCACACUGAGCCUCCUGCACCGGGCCCGGCUACACAUCCAGAGGCUGGAGGAGCAGGAGCUAAGGGCGCGGAGAGCCAAGGACCGUCUGCAGAACCAACAGCGGAACCUACAGCAGCGGUUGGAGCUGCUGCUGUCGCCCACCGGCGGGGAACGGGCACGGGCUGACAGCUUGGACUCGUCCCAGCUCUCGGAGCCCGAGGAUGUGGAGAUAGAGGUGGAUGGUGUGGUGUUCGGCGGGGGCCUGCUGCCCGGCUUCGGCACCGGGAGGGACCACAGCUACUCCAGCCCACGCAGCCCUGCGUCCUGAUGGCACCCGCUGCCUUCCCUGCACUGCCUGCCUGCCUCCUCCCUGCCUGCUGCUGCUGGAACUGCAGCCUCUGCCGGCGUCGUCACGGCUGCCUGGGUAAGCGGUCAUGACUGGAGGCAAGCGCCCAGCUUGGUCCCCUGCUGCUGGGCCACUGAGUGGCACUGGCCGUGGCGCUGGACGCACAGGGCUGGGACGACGCCACGGCACCUGCUCUGCACUGCAAUGCACUCCAAGAGGCGCUGGAAGAAGGCCCAGCUGUCAUGGGGACAUCCUUCCGCCUCCUCCAGGCCAGGCUGGGGCCUGGAGGGCUGCCUGCUAUGGGUGCAGGGCAGCGCUGUCCCCAGCAGACAUGGCUACAGAGGGGCUCUGCCACCCCUGGAAAGCCAGGAAGGGGAAACAAGUGCAUUAAGUGACCUGCGUUCAUGCUCCCGCAGCGCCCUCCCCCCCUUGUACAUACCCAACACUAUUCUAGUAAAGGCACUUGGUGAAA